ACUCUGAGUCUGGAAGUAACGGAUAAGGGACUGAAGUACCGCGUAGCCGAAGAGCGCAGGAAUCAGGUGUAUGCAGUAGGCCCUUGCUGCAUGAGAAAUCGCAGGGUCUUGACUAAACAGCAUGAUGAUCAGAGUGAUGAUUGCACAGCAGAAGAAGAAGAUGCCUGCGACGACGGAGAACAACCACAACCAGGGAUCGUUCCUGGGGAGAAUAAGCAUUAGAAGGAACCAGGUGAUGUCGAUGUCAAUGGACGGCAGCCACGACACGGAGUGUGAGGAGAUGGAGCUAUUUCAGAGGCACGUAGCGGAGAGAUUCGCGGAGCUGCUGUCGUGCACGGAUGAGCCGGAGGCAUUCAUGUCCAUCGGGUGGCUGAGGAAGCUUCUAGACGAGUUUCUGUGCUGCGAGGCAGAGUUCAAGGCCGUACUCCUCAUGGGAAGGGACCCAUUCCAGAUCGCUAAGCCACCUCUUGACAAGCUCCUCCCUGAGCUCCUUGACCGCAUCAUCAAGUCUCUCGACGUCUGCAAUGCCGUCUCCUUCGGAAUCGAUUCCCUCAGGAACAUCCAGCGCCUCGCCGAAAUCGUCCUCUCUGCCCUCGACCAGACCCUCAUCGGAGACGGCCAGGUCCGCCGUGCCAAGAAGGCCCUCUCCGCUCUCCUCAGCGCCAUGCUCCACGAGGAUAAGGACGGCGGCAUCACCAAGGGCACCGAGCGCAGCCGCUCCUUCGGCCGUCGCGGCAACAAGGACAAGGAUCGCUCUGCCGCUGCUCCCUUCCGCUCCCUCUCCUGGACCAUGCCCAAGAACUGGUCUGCCGCCAAGCAAAUUCACGCCAUGUCGUCCAACCUGGCAGCGCCACGUGGCAACGAGUCAUCCGGCCUUGCCCUCCCUGUUUUCAUAAUGAACACCGUUUUGGUUUUCGUUCUGUGGACAUUGGUUGCAGCGCUUCCAUGCCAGGAGAGGAAUGGGCUUGGGACCCACUUCCAGAUGCCUAGGAAUUUGAGCUGGGCCCAGCCCAUCACUGCGCUUCAGGAGAGGAUCUCCGAGGAGUGGAAGAAGAAGGAGAAGAAAGGCACGGUGGGGCUGUUGGAGGAGAUGCAGAAGAUGGAGAAGAUUGCGCAAUGGCUCCUUGAUUUUGCGGACUCAUUCCAGUUCCCUGCGGAGGCGGACAAAUUGGAGGAAGUUAAGGCGCAGGUGGAGGAGUUGGCUGAUAUAUGCCGGAAGAUGGAGGAAGGGUUGGAGCCAUUGCAGCUGCAGAUUAGAGAGGUCUUCCAUAGAGUUGUCAGGACCAGAACUGAGUUCCUUCAUGUGUUGGACCAAGCUGCCAAAUUGAAUAUACCCACUUCCUAAACAACUUCCAUAACUGCACCCUCUUUUUCACUCUCUCUUUUCUUUUUCCCCUUAUUCUUCUUGUUUAAAAGAAUCCCCCUUUGUGAAGAGCACUUUCAGAACCAACAUGGAAAGUUCAACGAGGUUGGUUUCUGUGGGUGGGGGGUUAAUUUAAAAUUCUUUACAAGGUAUGGAAAGCCUAGUCAUUUCCAAAGUUGGUCUUCUUAAUGGAUUGUUUUAAUGUUUCAUUAACUAUGGUCUAUGGUAGGCUGCUCUCUGCAUUUGCCUACAUUGUACAUAAACAUUAUAACUUCUUCUUUUUGGGCUGCUUUUACUUCUAAGGGGGAUGCCUGCGGGCUGCGGCUGCAUUUACUAAAAACUACUUGUUUAAUUAGCUCUAUCUAUUCUUUAUUAAUCCA